AUGGCUAACGCCGCUACUUCGCCGGCCUCGACUAUGAAUGGCGACACCAACGCCAAUUUAAAACUGACUACAUCGCUCCCCAAAUCCCCCAAACUACACCAUGUCGUAACCUCUUUUCCUUCCUCCUCCAAUCCCCCUUCGGGUCCCUCAUACGCCUCUUCUCUUACUACUACUCCGAACUCACUCCACCCAACCUAUACUCCUUCAAAUGCUUCCAGCCCUUCAAUGACCCCUUCGCAAUUCGCUUCAGACGGGCUCCGAGACCGACUAUCUUCCAUUCCUUCUGUUCCCUUGGACGGGGAAUCUGCUAUGGCUUUCCCGGGGACUGCUACCGCCUCGGGAUCCGGUGAUGCUGUCAACAACAAAGGUCCCGGCCUGAUGCGCCGAAUCUCGCGAGGCGCAGCCAACAAACUUACUCGACGACGGCAAUCCACCUCCCACAAUGAGAAACGGGACCGCAGUUCCGGUCCGGUAAUCAUGCGGAGACGCAGUGACAGCAAAACGGGAACUCAAAACAGCCGCGACAAUGCACUCGAGUCCAGCAACGAGGAGGACAGCUACGAUACUCUGGACUCUCUCGGUGCUUGGUGUGGCUCGGAUGCAUCCAGCUUGCCUAGUGACAGCCCUGCGGGACUUGCUCGUAGUGCCGGUGCCGUCGCACCCAAGGUCGACUCGAGCUUUCAUACCGGCACUGUCUUGGAAAAGGUCACGAAGAAGAGACGCAAGCACGUUCGCUUCUUUCUUGAUCUUGACGCCGGCAAAGUCUACUGGGAUGUCUCGAACCCCGCGAAACGGUUUUAUAUCGACGACAUCAAGGAGAUUCGUGUGGGUGCCGAUGCGCGCAACUACCGCGAGGAGCAUCAGGUUGAGCAGGAUGCCGAGAGCCGUUGGGUCACGAUCGUUAUUGCUGAUGCUGAACGCUCUAAGGGGCGGGCUGUGAAGACGUUACAUCUCAUCGCUCCCAACGAUAACAUCCUCAAGCUCUGGACGACAACCCUCGAAGAUAUCUCGCGCUACAGAAUUGGUCUCAUGGCUGGCCUGGCAGGAUCCGGUCAGAAUGAGGCCGCUUUGAAAGCGCACUGGCAUCGCGAGAUGUCCCGUUUGUUCCCUCACAAAUCUGGCGAAGAUGAGCGCCUCGACUUCGCUGCUGUCGAAGGCAUCUGUCACAACUUGCACAUCAACUGCUCUAAGAACAUGCUUCACACGCAAUUCACCAAGGCAGAUGUUGGCUGCAAGGGAAAGCUGAACUUCGACGAGUUCAAAAACUUUGUUGCGCUCUUGAAAGAGCGGAAGGAUGUGCGAGCCAUUUUCAAAAGCAUCGCCUCGGACUAUGAGGGCCUCACCCUCGACGAGUUCUUGGCCUUCCUGCGUGACGUGCAGCACGAGGACGUCGAUUCCGACCGAAGUUAUUGGAUCUCGAUGUUUGACAAAUUUGUCCGAAAGUCAAAGCUACGCACCCCGAGUAUCCCGGAAUCCGGCGACGAGCCAGUUCCGCGAAUGUGCCUGGAUGCCUUCUCAUCCUUCAUGGCCUCUUCCUGGAAUGGCAUCUAUGCCUCUCGCCCCCCGCAAGCAAGAUUCGACCAGCCAUUGAAUGAGUACUUCAUCUCGAGCUCACAUAACACAUACCUUUUGGGACGCCAGGUCGCUGGCGCAUCCAGCACCGAAGCAUACAUCACUGCCUUGUCGCAAGGGUGUCGCUGUGUGGAGAUUGACUGUUGGGAUGGUGCCGAUGGCCGGCCAAUUGUGUCGCACGGAAGAACCAUGACUACGAGCGUUCUGUUUGCCGAUUGCAUUGCGGUCAUCAACCGCUACGCAUUCAUCACCACCGACUUUCCUCUUAUCUUGUCGCUCGAAGUUCAUUGCAAUUCGGAGCAGCAACUGGCCAUGGUGAAGAUCAUGAAGGAUACCUUCAAGGAUCAACUCGUGCUGGAGCAGCUGCUGACGAACACUUUUGUUCUCCCCUCCCCCGAGGAGCUGAAAGGUCGUAUUCUUGUCAAAGUCAAAACCUGCGAUGAGCCUCAGGCGGGGAUGCGGCAAGAGUCGGCGAUGUCGUUUGGUGAGGCAGGACGCAAACGCAGCUCCAGCUCUCCCUUCAUACGCCCGGCAGCCCCCGAGAAUUCGGCACUCGCAAGCCUUCCGCCCCUUUCCACAGCCUCCACGAUCGGUCAAGAUACGGUCUCCUCGUUCCUGACCCAGGACAGGAGAUCCUUCACCACCACCAGCUUGAGUAGUGCCACCGAGGAUAGCGAUGGGGCUCUAGUUUCGGCCAAGAAAGAGCCGAAGAAGCGCCAGAAGAGUAAGAUCACAAAGCCUCUCUCGGACCUGGGAGUGUAUACUCGAGGAUACAAGUGGCACAGUUUCUCGUCCGCCGAGAGCCAAAAGUUCAACCACGUAUACUCAUUUGCAGAACGGUCAUUCGAGAGCAUUUGCCGCGACGCCGAAAACAAAGCUCUCUUCGAGAAGCACAACCGAAAAUACCUCACUCGCGUUUAUCCCUCCGGCUUCCGGCUGAGAUCCUCGAAUUUCGAUCCCCUAAAGUUCUGGCGACGUGGCGUCCAGAUGGCGGCACUGAACUGGCAAACAUAUGAUGUUGGCAUGGAGAUGAACCAGGCCAUGUUUGCUGCCGGCAGUGACCGCACCGGCUACGUGCUCAAGCCGGAGACCCUGCGCACUCCGAAUAUUCCCAUCGAAGCGGACCCUAAGGCCCGACAGUGGAAUAUCAUGCGAUUCUCAAUCGACGUCAUUUCGGCCCAGCAGCUGCCCCGUCCUCGGAGCAUUGGCCCCGACGACAACAUCAAUCCAUAUGUUGAGAUCGAGAUGUUCAGCGCCGAUGACCGAGGCCAGAGCUUCGUCUUUGGCCAGGGUGGAAUGAACGCCUCCGCUCGCAACGGGAUGUCGGGAAUCGGUUAUCCUCAUCGUCGGCGCACACGAGUCGAAAAGAGCAACGGGUACAGUCCCAUCUUUAACGACCAGUUCAAGCUCUCCCUUGAAACCAAGUAUCCUGAUCUGGUGUUCGUUCGCUGGACUGUCUGGAGCUCUGUGGACGGACGCAGCACGGGAAGCAACAACUGUGUCCAGCUGGCCUCGUUCACUGCCAAACUCAGCAGCCUGUCCCAAGGUUAUCGCUACCUUCCCUUGUAUGACGGCGGCGGCGACCAGUAUCUGUUCUCGACGUUGUUCUGCAAGAUCACCAAAGAAGAUCCAAUUCCUGCGCACCGGGUCGAUCCCGAUGAGCUCCGUGCCGAACGCAUGGGUAUUCUCCGUCAGAUCGGGCAGACCGUGUUCAAGCGUACUGCAUCGACAGAACGCGAGAAGGACUUGCAGUCCGACAAGGGCAGCGAGACCCCGGCGAGCAUCGAGGAUAAAGACGCCUCGCCACUCUUGACUCCGACUAUCUCUACUGCAUCCACCGCAUCUUUACCUCCUUGA